AUGACGUGCGGAUCAGGAUUCUGCGGCCAGGCCUUCAGCUGCGCCUCCGCCUGCGGGCCCCGGCCCGGCCGCUGCUGCAUCACCGCCGCCCCCUACCGCGGGGUCUCCUGCUACCGCGGCCUCACAGGGGGCUUUGGCAGCCAGAGCGUCUGCGGCGCCUUCCGCUCUGGCUCCUGUGGACGCAGCUUCGGAUACCGCUCAGGCGGCGUGUGCGGGCCCAGCCCGCCCUGCAUCACCACCGUGUCCGUCAAUGAGAGCCUCCUCACGCCCCUCAACCUGGAGAUCGACCCCAACGCGCAGUGCGUGAAGCAUGAGGAGAAGGAGCAGAUCAAGUGCCUCAACAGCAGGUUCGCUGCCUUCAUCGACAAGGUGCGCUUCCUGGAGCAGCAGAACAAGCUGCUGGAGACCAAGUGGCAGUACUACCAGAACCGCAAGUGCUGCGAGAGCAACCUGGAGCCGCUGUUUGAGGGCUACAUCGAGACGCUGAGGCGCGAGGCCGAGUGUGUGGAGGCCGACAGCGGGAGGCUGGCCUCAGAGCUCAACCACGUGCAGGAGGUGAUGGAAGGCUACAAGAAGAAGUAUGAGGAGGAAGUUUCUCUGAGAGCAACAGCUGAGAAUGAGUUUGUGGCUCUGAAGAAGAACACCAAGCUGGAGACUGCAGUGAAGCAAUCGGAGGAGCAGGGUGAGACAGCCGUCAGCGAUGCCCGCUGCAAGCUGGCCGAGCUGGAGGCCGCCCUGCAGAAGGCCAAGCAGGACAUGGCCUGCCUGCUCAAGGAGUACCAGGAGGUGAUGAACUCCAAGCUGGGCUUGGACAUUGAGAUCGCCACCUACAGGCGCCUGCUGGAGGGCGAGGAGCAGAGGCUGUGUGAAGGCGUUGGGGCCGUGAAUGUUUGUGUCAGCAGCUCCCGGGGUGGAGUCGUCUGUGGGGACCUCUGUGUGUCAGGCUCUAGGCCGGUGACAGGCAGCGCCUGCAACGCCCCCUGCAGUGGAAACCUGGGGGUGAGCACCGGAAUGUGCGCCCCCUGCGGCCCCUGCAAUUCCAUCACAUCUUGUGGACUGGGCACUGGAGGAGUGGGCUCCUGUGGCAUCAGUUCCUGCGGCGUAGGCUCCUGUGUCAGCAGCUGCCGCAAGUGUUAG